UGCCACCGAGAGUUCUCACGUUUUAGUUUAAAUAUCGAGAAAAGCAAUUGUACACGAGUUGAAAAACAAACACCCAUUUUUGCACUUACAAAAUAAUUUUCCAGUUUUUCAGAAAAAUGUCAUCAGAGAAAAAAUUGCCUUACGCUGAUGAUCUGAAUACCGUCGAAAAAUUUCUAAAAGAGCAAGAUGAGGGGAUAAUGAAAAAUGAGGUAUCGUUCUGGUUCUCGAAACGAUUCCUCAUAGCUGUCCUUAUAUUCUUUGGAUACUUCAAUCUAGUUUUAUUGAAGGUUAAUUUGAACAUAAGUGUAGUCGAAAUGACAUCGAAGAAAAAAAUCAGCUCAGGAAACUCAACAACAACAAACGAGGAGUUUUCGCAGCCAGAAUUCGACUGGGAUUCUAAAACCAUGGGAAUGGUGUUGAGCAUGCACGCAUAUGGCUACCUGACUUGUGUAGGAGCAGGAUACGUUGUUAGUAAAAUAGGAGGUGCGACUGCAUAUGGACUAGCAAUACUUGCGAUGGCUACAAUGAACUUGAUUACUCCAGUCUGCCUAAGAGCUAAUUUCUAUCUUUUUUUGAUCACUAGAUUAUUCAUAGGAGCUCUCGAUGGUGUAGCUUACGCCGGCAGCAUGGAAAUACUAUCACGUUGGGCGCCAAUUCAUGAACGGUCGAUUAUGCUGGCCAUCAGUUUUUGUGGAAUUUACAUCGGAAUUGCCACUAGUUACCCUGUUGACGGAUUUCUGGCUCAAAAAUGGGGCUGGUCAUCGACAUUCUACGUCGCAGGUGCUGUGGCUAUCAUUUGGUACAUAUUUUGGAUAAGUUUGGUGAAAAAUCAACCUUCGAAGGAUACACGAAUUUCUAAAAAAGAACUCGAAUACAUACUGGAAAAUACAGAUACAGCGCCAAGAAACCAAAUCGUGCACCCGUACAGAGAAAUCUUCACAUCGCCUCAAGUAUGGGCUCUAUGUAUCGGUGAGUUCGCAUAUGGUUGGGGGUUCACAUUACUGGUGACGUGUUUCCCAUUGUACGUGAAAGACAUGACUGGACGUGAUAUCGAUGAAGUAGGAUUUAUAGCUUCGAUCCCAAAUAUUGUAUGCAUGUUUAUGAUCCCAAUCGCUGGAAUCAUCAUGGAUUUCUGGCAAAAUAACAGUAACUUUAAACGAACCCAGAUUCACAAAAUCAUGAUGAGUGUAGGAUUCUUUUCGGGGUCUCUUUGCUUAACAACCGCUGCUUUUAUCUCUAAUUUCACCUUAUCUAUGAUUUGCUUCGUACUCAUCAAGCUUAUGAUAUCAUUCAAUUAUUUGAUUUUGCAGCUAGUGUGUCUCUCCAUGUCUCCAAUGCACUCAGGCGUUUUAGCUGGAGUAUCUGCAUUUUGGUACACAGUCAGUAACAUAAUGAUCCCGAAUACAGUUGGAUUCAUAGUUCAAAACCAUAAUGCGGCUGAAUGGAGUGCAUGCUUUCUCGUAUCAGCAACUGUACUAUUUUUUGGAGCAGUCACGUUCAUAGUCUACGGUUCCAGUGAAUUACAGCCAUGGUCAAUGUCGCUUCCAUGCACAGACAUCGAAGAGAAGUCUGGCGCCGAAAUUAAAAAUGAGAAAUUCAGCAAUACAUAAAAGCUGAUUCAGAUCUUUUUGACAUUUCAUACAAUUGCUGAAAUGCUUUACAAAUUUCUAUUUUUAAAUGUAUUUCCCCAAAUUAGCAACUUGGUAUUCGACAGUACAAAAAUUCAAAAAAUCCUUCAACACGAACGAAAAAUUAUUCGUAUAAAAGUCUCACAAAGGAGAAUCCCAUCUAACUGAAAAAUUUUCGAACUGUACAAAGCUAAAUUAAAAUCAUCAGCCAAAAUUUUAGGUGCUCAGGUAAAUUUUUCGAUUUUUGGCAAUUUUUGGAAACCAAAGUUGGGCCAAAAAUGGAAAAAAAUGUACCUAAAUUUAAUUAAACAGAGUUGGAAAAUUUUUUGAAAAUCGAGAAUUUGGUCCAAAUGGGAAAAAACAAUGUCAUUAAAUUGAUCUGAAAAGCUGAAGUUUAAUACUUACCCUAUUUCCGACUCCCCCCCACGCAUCAUCGAUUAGAAAUGUUUUCGAAUAGUUUCAAACAAAUCUGAAGCAUUGAGAAACAUUUUCAAACCUGCAAUUUCGCCACAAAAUUUUACUCGACCGAAGUUUAAAAACAAAAAUUUACUUUAUACCCCAAUUUCAAGAUUCCAAUUCCAUUUGAGGAGAUUUCAAGCCGAUUUAGAGCCAACAGCUGCAUUUUAAAAAUUCCAGAUUCAUAACAACUUAACAAGUGUAACAUAUUUUUAGCAUGCCAUUUUCAUUGUGGGAAUAUUAGAGUCAAUUUCUCAUCAAAAAUUCAGUGAUGAUGCCCCUUAUCAAAUUCACGUAUACCAGUUACCUACACGUUUUGAUAAUGCAAAUGAGAAACUAGACAGAAUUUUGGCGAUUAAUUUAAUCUGUAGCCGACGUACAAUUUGAAAAAAGUACGUAAUAAAAAAAGAUAAAUUUUCAAACUGACGUGAUAUCAGAGUACGACCACUAUACAUAAAUCCCUCCUCGUGAAGUACACUUUCUCACUCUAACAUAAGUACAUAUAUAAACAGAUAAGAUUAGUUGGGUUUUAUGGAGACGUAUGAAACAGACGUCAAAACGCUGCUCCUCGUGUACACAUGUAAUUGUGAUAGUAUUAAACGUCGAGUGAUACUUACGUAAUAUAAUGUGUAAAUUUAUUCAAAAUUUUUCAUUUAAUUUUAAUCCUCGACGAGAAUUUUCUAAAGAAAAUACACACUAAG